AUGCUCGCCACAGACUCGGCGUUGCUCAACAAGUCUUUGCUUGACCAGCUUGACGCACAAGCUGACGCAGAGCCUCUUACCUCUUCUGACGACUCAUCCGCUGAAUCUCCUCCUCUCAAAAUGGCCACCCCAUUCUACCCAAACCGUGCUUCCUUUACCGCUUUCCCCAACACCAACCGAGCACCAACACGCAACUUCUUCCCCCCAGACUCGUUUGGUCUCCAACACUAUCCCUACGCUCCACCACCAACAUCGGCGCCAACACAACCCGUCAUGCACUCUCAGACGCCGUAUGGACCUCAUGUCCCUUCCUCCAUCCCUAUAGCUUCUGCUCCGCCCAUGAUUCCACCCGCUCAAGAAGAUAUCUCUACGAUAUUCGUUGUUGGCUUCCCAGAAGAUAUGCAGGAACGAGAGUUCCAAAACAUGUUUACAUUCUCUCCUGGCUUCGAGGCUGCCACUCUCAAGAUCCCCAACAAGGAGUACACUGCGUAUGGACUGCCACCUAUGGGUCCACCCCAACCACUUCCCCAACAACGAGCUUUGGGAGCAGGAGGUCAAUACAACGGCUACACAGGCUCUAAUGACCCAUACAACCUUGUCACCGUCAACCAAGGUGGUGUUGUUGUUGACGCUGGUCGUGACGGCAUCACUUCCUGGCCAGCACCGCCAGACGAUCCAACAGGCAACCAUAACAUAGCACCGUCAGGACCGUACCCUCCUCGAAAGCAGAUCAUCGGUUUCGCCAAGUUUCGCACUCGAGAAGAAGCACUCGGAGCUCGUGAUGUCCUACAAGGACGGCGCAUCGACAUCGAGAAGGGAGCCGUUCUCAAAGCUGAGAUGGCCAAGAAGAAUCUCCAUACCAAACGUGGAGUUGGCCCAGUUGCCGCACCUGGCCUGCCUCCCUUGAAUGGGAACAAUGUAGGACCAUCAACAAUGCCAAUGAUGGGAGCCGAGAUGUAUGAUCCCCUUAGUCCUCGAGAGCGGGACUCAGUGGGACUUGCGACAAUGGGCAUCGCGAACAAUGUAAACGGCAAUACAAACGGCGUUCGUCUUCAAUGGCGACCAGAAGAUGAGCUCGACGAGAAUGGGAAUAUGAUGCCUACAAUGAUGAUGCGAGGGGCAAGAGAACGUGUCGCUGAUGACGAGGCAGAGCGCCUAAGAAGACGGGAAAGAGAUCGUCGUGCGGGUGCUUUUGAAUCACUCGCGGCUAAUCGCGAACGGGAAAGGGAGCAUGCCGAACAACAAGCAGCCGUCGCAGGUCCUUGGGGGAUUCCUGGCCGUAGGCCCUCUUCUCCAGAAUCCGCAACCGGGCAUGACUUUGUUGCUGCCUUUGGCAACGAAGCCCCUCGAGCCCUUUCGUCUCCCCCGCCCACUGCGAUGCUACAGCCUCCAGGAGAAUUUGUGCCGGGGAGAUACGUUCCAAAUGGUAUCCUCAAUGGGCACCAUUCGUCUUACCUACCGCAUCACGACGCUUUCCAACCUCAACAUCCAUUCCUUGCUCACCGUCAAGAGCGUUCUGACUCCAGCGCAAGCGAGGGGAGCGGUGGAAGUGAUGAAGGUCUGGCGAGAAUGUCGCUAAGGAACGGCAUAAAUGGCUACCAUGUGACAGCUAUCGGACCUCGCGUCAACGGUACGAGCUCUGCUGGUAGUGCGAGUGGGAGCAGCAAAGGUUCUCCUCAACUGGGCGAGAGUGUCGGAACAGGUCCAAACGGUCUCACAGCCCCAGCUCCGACAUCAGCCCCUCUUUCGUCUAUUCCGACUGCCGCUAGUAUCGCGAGUUUGACCCAACUCAACACAUCAACCUCGAUUCUCAACAAUGGUCCCACUAAUGUUGCUCGAGCGGUUGAUCAGAACCCUCCUAUCAACACAUUAUAUGUCGGCAAUCUUCCUAGUGGUGGCGCUGGCAUUGAAUACCUCGAAGCUGCGCUUCGUGAGCUAUUCACUAGUUGCCCUGGCUUCCGCCAGAUGUCUUUCAGACCCAAAGCCAAUGGCCCAAUGUGUUUUGUUGAGUUCGAAGACGUUGGUUUUGCGACCAAAACACUGAACGAGCUCUAUGGGAAUACUCUCAACGGGAUGAUCAAGGGUGGCGGGAUCCGCUUGUCAUAUAGCAAGAAUCCGUUUGGAGUGCGGACACCUACGAGUGCAAGUGCGACAACCAGUAUGGCAACACUACAAAUCCAGCAGAGCGUAGCUGCCGUCCAACAACAACAGGCAGGGAUGGUCCAACAACAACCGCACCACCACCAGCAACAUAGUAUGGCAGCAGCUGAAGCCGCUUUCCAUGGCCAUGCUAAUGGUCUUCGUCUGACCUCACCUCCUCCUAUACCAGUGUCAAUCCCUUCGCUCCAACAAGUACAACCGCAACCUCCACCUCAAGGCGAGCACUUGUCGCAAGCACACGCCUCCUUCAUUGCUGGUCCGCGUUUCUUCGCACCUCCUGAAAAUGGUGUUGCUGGUUCGUGGGGGAGAAGGUGGGAGACUCCCAGAUCUGUGGCGGGAGGGGUAUCGGCAACAGGCUUGGUAUCACCACCCCCGACAGCGACCUUUGCUCCAUUUACACCUCCAGAAUUGCCACCAGGGCAAGGCGAACAUCAGUGA